AUGAUACAUGAGCGCCCACUCAUGAUACUCAUCUCCUUGAACAAUCAUUUUAAAACCGAUGACUACUUAUGCGCUAUUACGAGAACAGCUGCCAGAUCUGUGCCGUUGUCUUUCAACAUCGCACGGCUCUGCACGAAAGCCGAGCCCCAGAAGCAGGAUGAGGCUAUUCAAGGGGCAUGUACUUCUCCGGCGACGUGGGAUCUUCACCGUGCACGCUCUUCUUCCCAGGGGAAAGCGGGUGUGGAAACGUGCCCUGGGGAAGCGAGGGUGACAAGAGGCAUCUUCCAGGAAAGCGUUGACAUGCGAUUUUCUCGGUAUAUCAUCGAGAAGCCCCCGGGCGACAGUUUCAAGGACGAAGAGCAAGCGGACUACGAGCGGAAUAGCGACUAUUUCGUCACGUCUUUGACCACUGGGACCCAUGAUCAUUUCGAGCAUGGGUUUCCGUUAGAAACUACUCCGUACGCCAUCCUAGAAGGAGACGAGGACUCGCCGGUGGGAGUUCCAGAGCACGAUACUUGCUGGAAAGCCUUCAAGAGAGUUUGCCAGAUGAGGCUGGGAGAAGUGGAUCUCCAGCGCUUCAUGGCUCUAUGGCAUGCAUCCCAGAAGGCGACACCAUAUCCCGAGACAGAUUCUCAGGGAAGGCACGAUAAUCCGACGAAUAGGUUCAAGGUUUUCCCUAAUGAGCUUCAGCAGAUGACCUUGUCGCAUCUAUCGUCUCGAGACAUCGCAUCCUUGCGUCUCUUCUGGGAGUUGGAUGCCGUGGCCGAAAUGAACGACCGGUAUCGAGCAGAUCUGUACCGCCGGCGACCAGGAGUGCGAGAACAGAGUGACGGAACUCCGAAGCAUCAACUGGCAUACUGUCUACAAACAGCUACGCUCUUUGCAGAGAACUACAUUAUGACUCCAGAACAGGAUUAG